AUGGAUAAGGUUACGAGGAAGAUUUUCGUGGGAAGUAUCCCUCACACUGUGACGGAGGAGGAGCUUCGCAAGAAAGUGGGUGAACAUGGCGGGGUCACAGCUCUCUUCUACAUGAUGGAUCAGACUGCGGGCGACCGCGGCUGGGCCUUUGUGACCUACGAGACCGUCAUGGAUGCGCAGGCUGCCAUAGAUGCCAUGAACGACAAAAAAAUCUUCGAGGGAAGCUCCACUCCGAUCGAGGCGCGCUUCGCAAACCAGAAACCUACGCCGAAAUCCGCCGUUUUCCAGGAUAAACCUGCAAGCGCCACAGGGGCCGCUUCAGCGACAACCUCGUCGGUUUGGCAGCAGUUCUUCACUCCCGAGGGUCACGCCUAUUACUACAACACGACCACGGGCGUGACGCAGUGGGAGAAGCCAGAGGACUUUGAGACGGCCUCUGCCCCCCCCCCGCCAGUCAGCGCUUCCCCUGUCGGGUUUGUUAACAACACAGUGACGCGGUUCGGGCCUCCCGGAAGCAAUGUCUUCGUGGCCAGCAUUCCAACUGACUGGAACGACAUCGACUUGAUUCAGCACUUUCAGCACUUUGGGAAUAUUCUCUCCGCGCGCAUCCAGCGAUGUUCACAGGGAAACAGCCGAGGCUUCGGCUUCGUGUCCUUCGACAAUCCGCAGGCGGCAGUGAACGCGAUUCGAGGCAUGAAUGGCUUCAGCAGCGGCGGCAAGUUCCUGCGAGUCUGCCUCAAGAAGGGAGAGGAGCAAUACCUCACUCCGGCAAUGCAGGCACAAAUUGCGGGCUUCGUGGACGAGCGGCGCCCGCGGCACACCAUGCGGCCGUACUGA